CACCGAACGCGACACCUGGUGAAGUCGGUGUGUAGUAAUCAGAAGCCGAAUGCUGAGUAGGUCGGCUUUAAAAAGUAGCACAUCACUGAAAGGCACGGAAGAAGGAAAAAGCUUACACUCACUGUAACGUCUAGAUGGAUGUGAAAGAGGAGAUGUGUGAGGCUGACAUUAAUAUCAUCGAGAUAAGGACCGUAAGUAUUAAGGAGGAGGACUGUGACUGGGACUCUGUCCACCCUGACCAGGAGCAUCUCUGCAUUAAAGAGGAGGACUGUGAGCUGGGGUUAGUGUGUGUCAAAGAAGAGGCUGAAGAGAAGUUUGUCAGUAUUGAGACGAGUAUCCAUACAAGUCUGGAGAGUGUCAAGGAAGAGGACCAUCAAUAUGUGUGUCAAGAUGGAGCCUUGACUGGGAUGGUCUCUUCUCUGAGCACACACUGUCACUCUCCUGGGCCUUCUGUCAGCGUGAAGUCUGAAUCUUUACAUUUUGAAACAAACGGGACAGAGGAGAAUUUUACGGUGAGAACACUGGAAGAUCAGCCACCAUCUAAAAGUAAAUCUACAAAAAGAAGCAAACAUCUCUGCAUUUGUGAAUGUGGCAAACAAUUCUCUGACAAGAGCAGUCUUCAGAGACACACCAGAACUCACACCGGAGAGAAGCCAUACAGCUGUUUGGAAUGUGGCAAACGGUUUUCACUAAGGAGCAGUCUUCAGACUCAUAAGAGAAUUCACACGGGAGAGAAGCCACAUUGUUGUUUCGAGUGUGGCAAACAGUUUUCACAAAAUGCCCAUCUGCAGACCCACAAAAGAAUUCACACGGGACUGAAGCCAUUUUGCUGUAAUGAAUGUGGCAAACAGUUUUCGCUAAGGAGUAGUCUUCAGACCCACAUUAGAACUCACACUGGAGAAAAGCCGUAUUGCUGUUACGAAUGUGGCAAACAAUUCUGUCGCAGGAGUCUUCUUCAGAUACACUUUAGAACUCACACAGGAGAGAGGCCCUAUUGUUGUCCUGAAUGCGGAAAACAAUUCUCAGACAGAAGUACUCUUCGAAGCCACAAAAGAAUCCACACUGGAGAGAAGCCAUAUUGCUGUUCUGAAUGUGGCAAACGAUUUUCUCAUAUAACCAGCUUUAAGAAACACUCUGCAAUUCACAUGAGAUAAGGAGGAAGCUUUAAAAGAGUAAGUUGUCAGGUGAAGAAGAAAUAAAAUGGAGCUCUCCCAACUACCCAUAUCUUGAUAAGUACCUUUGUGUGGUGGGCUUCAUUGUAUAAGGCCCCAUUCCCAAUCUCAUCAAGUAUAAAGAGGAUCCAAAAAAGUCAUUAAUUUUGGGCACUCAUAUCUUUAGAUAAAAAGGUGCCCAUUCUAUUGUUUAGCCCUUGGGUAGGGGUAAAUGAUAGUAAUAGUGAUAGUAGAAUAUCUGCUGGUGAGUAGAAGAUCUCAAAUGUUGUGACAGUCCAGAUAGACAAUGAUACCGAUUAGGCCCCAAACAUGCAAGAUAAGCAAGAAAUGAAGAGACCUGAACAUGGUCCAGUGGUCAGUGGAAGAUAAAGACAAGAUCAUGUACUGCCACCUUUUUGCAAAAAAUCCAGAAUUUUCAAAUAAAUGGAUGUGGCGGAUUCUUGCAAAAUUGUUGGAAUCCAGAAAAGUACACCAUACGUCUAAAUUGAGUAAGAGAACCACUGCAAACUGAAGAUCUCUGUUUUUGAAUUAUUAAAGUAAAUACGUCCACAGUGAUUAAAAUCCCUUCAAAGAAUGGUAAAGGAUUAAAUAAUGCUGCAAUAACUCAAGACCCUGUGGUAAUGCAUACCACAAGGAUUGUCAUUUACAAAGAAAGGUAACUUUGUGUUUUAAAGUUUAAUUAGAAGGAAAUAUAGAUCAAAACAAGACACUUAACCUUUUUAGCUUGUUUAUCGUGCAUGGAAGUGCUGCCACAACCGCAUGCCACCAUUUUGAUAGAAUUCCACUACAAGGCCUAGUCGGACAAGUGAAGGCCUGCAUAAAUUCCCACUUUGCUUGGAUCCACGCGCUGGUGCCUUGCAGCCAACCAUCACUGUUAGAAAGAGGUGCUGAUUUGUAUAAGUAGAGAAAAAAUCUACUUAAUUACUUAAAGUAAAUGGGAUUCUGUAGCUUCUAAGGAGUGUAGCUUAAUGGUAAAGCGGUAACCCCUACUCAUAUGAAAAGUAUGAAAGUUGCUUACCAUUGUGAAAGGUGACAGAAUACUUGAGCUCGACAUGGUUGCUCAUUGCUCGUAAAAUUCACCCGCAUACCCGCAGCAGGAUAUUGAAUUAAAUAUCUGGUUCCCCUCGACUUGCAUUGCUGUGUGGCGUGAAUGUGCCUGCAACUGCCGUGAUAUGUGAACAGCGGUCAGUGACUGAAUGGAAGGUCUCGACGGCCUUAUAAAACCAGUUUCCGGCCAUCCAGGUUUGUUAGUUGACCACAGGAAUGAGGUUUGGAGAGCACAUCUAAUUUUUGGUAACUUAAGGAAUUGGCUUGUGAAUUUUAAUUUUUAUUGUAAGUUAUUAUAUAUUUUUUUUGUAUGUGUCUCUUAGUUGGAUGUAUGUGUAUAUUUUUGGUGGUGGUGCAGAUUUGCAUAUACACACAUUAUUUUGCUUUAUUCUUUAAGGAUCUUCCUGAACUGUGUGUGUAGGGGGAAGACUGACUGCUUUAGUUUUGUGUAUCUUUUUUCUUCAUUAUGUAAAUGUUCACUAUUUCUUUGCCCUUUGUAGUUUUGAUUGUGUGUGUCAGUUGUGAAAGACUGUGUUUAUUUAAAAAACGAUAUUCUGUAAAUAAACUGCACCAUUGGUUUGCCCAG